UUAAUUUCUCUGCAGACAUGUCUGUGAAGCUCUUGGCUAUGGUGUUUUUGCUGGUGGCAGCGAGUGGUGAAGAUACAAGUUUCAUCUUCAAUUACGGGUUCCAAUCUGCUAAUCUAACCACGGAUGGUAUCUCUUUCAUCACUUCCAAUGGCCUCCUCCAACUCACUAACGAAACCAGGUUGCAAAAGAGUCAUGCCUUUUACCCCAAUCCAGUAGAUUUCACAAACACCACUUCUUUCUCUACCGUUUUUGUUUUCGCCAUCAAACCACAAUAUCCAACUCUGAAUGGCCAUGGAAUUGCUUUUGUCAUUUCUCCCACAAAAGCAUUUCCAGAUGCGCAGCCCAGCCAGUACUUCGGCCUCUUCAACUUAGCCAACAAUGGAGACCCCAGAAACCAUGUCCUUGCCAUAGAACUCGACACCAUCGAGAGCGGUGAGUUUGGGGAUAUCAAUGAUAACCAUGUCGGGAUUGAUAUUAACGGUUUGAAUUCCACAAAAUCUGCUCCUGCCGGAUAUUAUGUGAGUAGGUUUCAGUUUCAAAAUUUGAGCCUCAACAGUAGCCUGCCAAUGCAGGUGUGGGUGGACUACGAUGGAGGCAAGAAGCAAAUUAGUGUCACCCUAGCUCCAAUCAACGUUAACAAGCCCGAAAUUCCACUGUUAACAUUGUCCCGAGAUCUUUCUCAAAUUCUAACCAAUCCCAGUUAUGUCGGAUUCUCAUCUUCCAACGGAGCGCUGACAGCUUUUCAAUAUGUUCUUGGUUGGAGUUUCCAGGUCAAUGGGGAGGCUCAAAAACUUGAUACCACUAAACUCCCAAAACUACCACGAUUUGGAGGAAACAAACAAUCUAUGAUUUUGCCAAUUGGGUUACCUCUCCUUUCACUUUUUCUAAUUGUUCUUGUUAGUCUUUCUAUAGCUUAUUACAUAUACAGGAAAAGGAAAUUUUCUGAGGUUGUCGAGGAGUGGGAGCAAGACUAUGGUCCUCACAGGUUCAACUACAAAGAUCUCUACAGUGCCACAAAGGGAUUCAGAGAGAAAGAGCUUCUCGGCAGUGGUGGCUUUGGUAGCGUCUACAAAGGAACAGUUCCAGGUUCGAAAGUUGAGGUUGCCGUGAAGAAAGUAUCCCAUGAAUCCCGACAAGGGAUGAGGGAAUUCAUAGCAGAAAUCGUGAGCAUCGGUCGUCUACGCCAUCGAAACCUCGUCUCUCUUUUGGGAUAUUGCAGGCGCAAAGGAGAGCUUCUUUUGGUUUAUGAUUUCAUGCCGAAUGGAAGCUUAGAUAAAUAUAUCCACAACCAGCCCAGUGUGACACUAAAUUGGAUGCAAAGAUUUAAGAUCAUCAAAGGGGUAGCUUUGGGAUUGUGCUAUCUGCAUGAAGAAUGGGAGCAAGUUGUAGUUCACAGAGACAUCAAAGCAAGCAAUGUUUUGCUAGAUUCAGAGUUUAAUGGCAGACUAGGAGAUUUCGGUCUUGCAAGAUUAUAUGAUCACGGGAGUGAUCCUGCAACUACACAUGUGGUCGGGACCUUAGGAUAUCUAGCACCAGAGAACACAAUAACGGGAAAAGCCACAACAAAGUCUGAUGUUUUUGCUUUUGGCGCUUUUUUGAUAGAGGUUGUAUGUGGAAAAAGACCUAUAGAACGAGGAAGAGAAGAAUUUAUUUUGGUGAACUGGGUUUACGGGUUAUGGAAGAAGGGUGAGAUUAACGAAGCAAAGGAUCCAAAUUUAGGAACAGAGUACAAAGCAGAGGAGGGAGAAUUAGUGUUGAAACUGGGGCUUAUGUGUUCCAAUUUGAGAUCUGAAUAUAGGCCAAGCAUGCGCCAAGUUGUGCAGUACUUGAAUAUGGAAGUGCCUUUACCUGACUUGCCACUGCCACUGCCACUGCCGUCUCCUUCUGGCCGUGGAUUUACAUAUGGGAGUCAGCAAGACUUUGAUGACAUUCAAAUGUCCUUUGCGUCUUCAAGUAUGGAUGGCUAUUUCUCUCGCACUUCAAUACCUGAAUCAAUCCUCUCUGGAGGUCGUUGAUUUCCUUUAGAAGACAACAUGUCUAUGGGACGUAGCAUUUAAGUACUUGUAUUUUUCCUCUGCUCUAUGCUUUGGUAGUUGUGUUCUCUGUAUUUUAAAAUGAAAUGAGUUUUAGCUUUCCUUUGCUUGUGCA